UAUAGAUCGUCGGAGUCUUGCUUGUUUGCAAAGCCAAAGAGCAGUGCAAUGUAAAUUUAUCCACAGAAUAACCGUACGGCAUACCGCAAACACCGCACCAGAGACGGAAAAACCACAACGGCUUCUUUCAACGAUAGUGAUCCUGUUUUGAUCAGGCGUGCUGGACCCUCAGACGCUUUUCAUCCUCUUCCUCAUCGAUCGAGACACCAAACUCCUCUCUCCCUCUGCUGAGGGAGCACCUGCUGUCUGUACUUCUGCUGCCCGGCACAUCAAAGCAGACUGUUGUAAUGGCUGCUAAACCUCAUCCGGCUCUAAUGAAGAAACACAGUCAGACCGAUCUCGUGAGCCGCCUCAAGACACGCAAGAUCCUGGGGGUCGGUGGAGAGGAUGAUGAUGGAGAGGUGCACAGAUCAAAGAUCAGUCAGAUGCUGGGGAAUGAGAUUAAGUUUGCAGUUCGGGAGCCUGUGGGACUGAGGUUAUGGAUUCUGUUCUCUGCCGUGAUUUUCACAGUCAUGGCUCUUAUGGCACUAGUAUUUCCUAACCAACUGUAUGAGGUUGUAUUCGAUCAAGAGCAAACAGGCACCACUGUCUCUAUACGUCUGUAUGGAGGGGCCAUUCUCAGUCUGUCUCUGAUUAUGUGGAAUGGCUUGUACACUCUUGAGAAGGUUAUCAUCCAGUGGACAUUACUAAGCGAGGCUUGUUACUUUGCCAUCCAGUUUUUAGUCACCUCCGUAACUCUAGUGGAACUUGGCUCUCUUCCGAAUGCUGCCAUCCUCCUCCUCCUCAGUCGUAUAUUCUUCCUCACUGUCACGCUGUCCUACUAUUACCAUCUGGGACGCCGGGCCAAGAAAAUCUGAGAGACCCGCACACACCAGUACAAGACACCUGGUGCUCGGGAGUUGAGCGAAGGGCUGCUGGACUGGAGUGUACAUCAAAAGCUUGAACAGUUCUCAACAUCAAUCUGUUCAUCUGGCGUUAUGCCUUACAGCAAGGACAAUGCCAAAACCCAUGCCUUUGUUUUAAUUUGAAGCUUAUUCACAGGAGUACGCCUUGACAAAGCAACUUUUUUUAUUUUUUUAUGGGUAACACUUCCAUAGUUAUACAGUGAUUUCCAUCUUUCUUCUGGAUUGUGCGGUCACUGUGUAGGUCUCUUCAUUUAGUGUUUAUUGGGUAAAGUAUUGCACACUGUAGCCGAGUUUGGAAUGCUGCCGUUAUUGUCCGUAGCUAUUGUAUUAAUAAAACUGUAAAGCUUUUCUUAUAAUAAGGCCAAUGACUUCUAGGUCCUAGUCACGUGACGUGUGUGAGGGUGGCUAGCAAACACUAGAAUGUGAUUUUUAAUUGGAAAAAGUCGUUCAGUAUUUGAGUAGUUAAUACAUCACAUUUACCACAGUAUACUAGAAUCAUGACUGGUGGAUGAAACUGUAUUUCUGUAGAUGAGCUACAGGCUCACUGUCUUUCAGUUAGAAGUUCGAGUUCUCGUAUGACAUGGGUUAUAAAAACCUCAUAUAUGUAUGCUUUAUUAAUGACAGACACAAGGGGAUUAGAAACUUUCUCAAAACAGUCAUUUUUUCGAAUCAUCUAAUCAUUCAAGUCGUAUUUAACAUGUUUCUUUUCUGUGUUAAAUGUCUCUGUUUAUGAUUCCAGUUGAACAGGGAACCCCUUCUCUUUAGUAAUGCCACAAAACAUGGUUGUGUAGCACAAAUGCAUGUCAAAUAUUGCCUUAAUACUCUAUACUGCACAAUUAUUCCACUUGUCAGCACACUGCCAGGCGUUUGUAUUUUUGUCUAGAUAAAUCAAAAGAAGUGUAGAUAUUUUGUGGAUUAACAGCUUUUCCAGUUGCUUAUUUAUUGGCCCGUCCGAACGUUUUAUUAUACUUAGGUUUGUGAUAUCACUUGCACGGUUAUUGUCUGAGGUAUUUAGUCAAGAAAAAAUACUUGUGCAGCAGAAUAGUGAAAUAAUCUCGUCUCCCCUUUAUGAAAGAUGUUUGAGGUCUGUUGAGAGAGCAGGCAAAAAAUGAAAGUGUAUAUAAACAUCUGUGGCAAUGAUAUUUAUGACAUUUAAGUGUUCUUUACCUCAACAUUGGUCAACCCCCACAUAAAUAUACAGUAAUGGGAUUUGAUUGAAGUUCUUCAUCUCAUAUUCAGCUUUGUAUUCUCUCUAAAACCAUGGACUGCACCAACAUCUGCGAUACAUGGCACCAAAAUAGAUAAUAAAAUAUUAAAGGUAUCUCCAUAUAGAGGCUUUAACAAUUUAUUUUAAAAGAGCAUUAUGUUACUUUUUCCUACCAUGUUCUUUUUACAUGUUAACACCUUCAUUAUUCACCAGUACCAAUCUGAUCUUGGACAAAAAGGACAACCUUCCAUGUAUUUGCAGAUCUUUUCAUCUAUAAAUUAGUAAACGUUUAUGUGAGAUCCAAAUCUAUCCUAAGCAUUAUUGAGAAUAAUGGUGUGUGACUGAUCUCAUUGUAAAGGAAACUCUUAACACAUGGCCAACUAAUGAGCAUGACAGCAAAUGCCAAACAUGAAUCAUCCUGCAUUCACGUCAUCUCCUCUUGAGAAUUGUGUUGCCAUGCAAUAAGAAAGAACUCAAUUAGAUCAUGUUAUCAGCUGUCUGCAGAGGAUAUGCAUAGUCACUAAAGGGAUGUUAUUGUACUUUUUAAACAUGUUUGUAAAUAUUUUAUGAAGAGAUGUUAUUGUUAUGGACCUGCAUUAUCUUUUUGGAAUAAAUAAAACGAACAUUUA